CUGAUUGGGACGCGUGUAUCAAAUACGCGGAACUCGUGCGCAAAGGCACUGAACACUCGCCCACUUAUACCACUUAUGCUGAGGCCGUCUUCCGGUACGUGAAGGCAAUGGAAGAAUGCGAUGUCUCCCAGAAGGCUAUCGUUUCCAAACUCAUGGAAUCCAUACCGACCCUCCGGAUCAGGCAUUUGGGCAAAACAAUAACCCCUGAGAAGGUGGCCGUCGAGUGUUCCAUCAAAUACGUUAAGAAUAAGGAAUUCCUUAUUUUACCCGAAUUGGAUCUGUUGUAUCAACUAAAUUGGCUGAAUCUGAUCCGCGGUAAUGAAGUGCUAUUGAAUAAAUUCAUGGUUAGAGUGGAGAAGGAGGUCAACCAUUUUAAGGAUAAUAUU